AUGAAUGCAACCUACUACCAGAACCAGAUGGAUUUUAUGCUUACCAUAAGACCAGAAAGAAGAACAAAAAAGCAUGGCGAAACUCUGGUGGAAUCAGUAUAUACAUUAAAGAGAAUAUUAGAGCAGGAACAACUAUACUACAAAACACUUCUCAGUUUACAGUCUGGUGUAAACUUGACAAAGAUUACUUCAAUCAAACAAAUGAUAAAGAAAAUCUUCAGAAAAUAUGUCAAGAAAACUCAGAAGGAACAAAGGAAACAACAACUUGAAAAGAAAUUAAGUGCUCUUUCUGAAAGUAUGAAAACUGUCUUGAAUCAAAAUAUCAACAAGGAUAUCACAGAAAAAGAAGUACAAAUGGCUGUUAAGAGGUUAAAAAACAACAAGGCCUGUGGACCAGAUGGCAUACCAAGUGAAAUGUUGAAGUACAGCAGCGUAAGCAUGAUAAAGGCUCUACAAAAAAUGUUCAAUCAAAUCCUGAAAAAUGGGCAAUACCCAGACAACUGGAGCAUUAGUAUUCUUACACCAAUACAUAAACAGGGUAAUUAUCUCAACACUAACAACUACCGAGGUGUAUCAGUGAACAGCAACAUUGGAAAACUAUUCAAUGCAGUACUCAACAGAAGACUGAUCAAAUAUUUAGAAUAUUAUACACCCAAAUCAAGGUGGUUUCCGAAGCAAACACCGUACAACAGAUCAUAUCAUCACACUACAUACCAUGAUUAA